AUUAUUCUCAACAAUCUCCACCCACCAAUCAAAACCGACCCCCACGUGGGAGUGUGUGACCUCUGAAGAACGUGACUUUUUGUUUCGCUCGGUCCCGCGUCCGUCUUCUCCAUCGCUCCCUGCUUGGCCGCCAUGAUGAAGAAAUUGAACAAUCAGUCCAACCCACGUAAGCGUGACCGUGGCCUGUCCGUGAAGCGUACCGAGCCGAUGGCGUACUCGGCCAAGCGAGUCCCUCUCGCGUUGUCGACGAAACCCGCCGGUGGCGCGGGUUAUUUAUUGGCCAAAGGUCCCGACGGGACCCGUGGCUUCUACAGCCGCAGCCAAAAGUUGAGUGCGAAGGCUUACGAAUUCGUCCCGUCGUCGUAUUAAUGGCGGCACUGCUGCGAACAAGGUCUCCGAAUCCGAUCAGCAGCCAGAGGGCUCAAUCUCCACUACAACUGCACGUUGCAUGAUUCACUGAAAUACACGAAGCAAUCCAUCGAAACUUCGAAACAUGACCACGAGGUGUCGCUAGCCAGAUACAUGUCGUCCCACCUCCUCGACCACGCCUUCCUAUUCUAAAUACACACAAAUUGUACCUUGUCA